CGUAGAAAUAUUCGUAGCGCAAAAGACCUUCGUGCGGAUCGUUGGCACUAGUAGCGCCCUAGACACCUCGGCCAAAGAUGAAGAAGGUGGCAAAUUUGUAUACGUAAAGCAAAAAAGCUCAAGCUGCUCCAACGUUUCCGUUUCAAAAAAAAAAAUGUAAAAGCAAGUAGAUCGUAAAUUCCUAUCGGCGAGUCCAGUGUAGUCGAGGGCGUCCCCACCUGUGCGCGAGUAUAUCUCCACUCGGGGAAAGAAGCGCCCGUGUGGGCCGGGCGGUUUCGAUGCACUAGGGAAGUUUGGUAGAGGGGUUAAGGGUACUAUCGGAAAACGAAAAGAAAGACAAGUGAUCCAGGCCGAGGUGAUAUUGCAUACCGUAGUUAGGAACUUGCAUACUAGGACCAAAUAGUUGUAAGUGACUGAUAACUUAUACUUAGACAGGGUUUCAGGGUUAAAGACGUGGUGCUCCCGUCAGGCGCGUGAAGUUAUUUAAGAAGGAGAUGAUCAAUAAGGUGCUUUCCUCCUUUUCAGUAGAACAGUACGCUUCGCUCUUCGAUCUCGGCGCCUUUCCUGAUGGUGAUUGCUCUUUGCUGGGUGGCGAUGGUGUUUUGCUUUGCGAACCUGUACGCGGCCCGGCUGACGAGUUUCGGGCGAUCCUUGGAAAGCAGUACUGCGAUAUAGUUGACGAGAUUGCGCGCUACCCGCCCUUCACUGUCGACCGGGAUAGCUCCGGCAUCGCCAGCAUCGGGUGUAACUGUGACGACUGCCAGCGCUAUUUGCUCCAGAAGGAGAUGAAAGCACAGGAGCGUAGAGGUGCAGUUGCGCUAGCAGGGAGCAAGAUUAUUGGCGGUGGUGGUUUCGGGUUUCUUCCAGCUGAUGAAGAUGCUGCUUCUGAUGAUGAGGCCCUCUUUCCCUCUCGUGGUAGUGGGGUCGGCGCUUGCGAGGAAGUCGUAGCCGAGGACAGUCCUCCUUCCCUUCUGCUGCCCGGAUCUGUUCUACGACCGAUUCGACUGUUCUCCUCGCUUGUAUCAGCUUUCCGGCACAUGCGAUACCAGAAACAAGCUGCCGCUGAUGCCGCCAUUGCUGCACUAUUUGACCGUCCUCCGCCUAGAGAUUGUUCCGAAACUGUGAAGAGCUGUAAGCCGAAGCCGAAGCUUGACGCAGAUGCCAAAGGGAAGCAGCAAAAAACGAAGGGCCCAGACGACUUGAACCUUGUCUCUGUUAAGGGUGUCACCUGGUGGAAUACAGGCUCUGGCGCUGCUAGUCGCUUUGGCGGCUGUUUUCGGGUUCAAGUUAUUGUGCGAAACAGUGCUGGGGCGAAAGUUCCUGUUUCUCGGACUGUAUUUCUUGAGGACCACGCUGACGACAUUGAUCUAGCUUUUGCCGCUGCUGUUGCCCUGCGGGAUCGCAUCAAGGCGGAUCCCCGGCCUUUUCUUGAGAACCGGAUCCAGAGGAAGGUCAAGAAGCAGCCAACUCCGAUCAAGCAGCCAGCUGGCCGCGCACCAGGAGCUGCCCUUCCAGUUUUCAAGUCCUCAGCGAAGGCUUCGGCAAGUAGUGGCGUCUCUGCUCGGAGUUUCCGGAAGUCAGGGAGUCGGCUAUUGCGAUACGAGGGCUGUCGUGAACAUUUUGCGGAGCAGCGACACUGUGGGGCUGGGCGAAGAAGGUUGUGUGAUUAUUGUUUGCAUCACCACCUGCUGCGAUGUGUUAUGUGUUGA